AAACUUUUCGCAGAGCAAUCCGAUCCCGAACACGUGCCCAAAUGGUUGCACGUCGCAGUUCCGUCUCCCGCUGAUCAUCUCCAGAGUGGAGAUCGGGAGCUUAGGCGGAAGCAGAAGAGCGAGGAGCUGCGAGACCGGUGGCGCGAGACGUGCGAACGCCUCCACCGUUUCGCGCGCACGUCCUUGAGCUCGGUUAAGACCGAUCUUGUUCUCGGUCCGUCGGAGACGGACGGCGUGUUUGAGAGAUGCGGAGGCCUUUCGCCGGAAAGCGAUUCUCUAAAGAGGCUGUAUAAGGGACUGGCAGCGAAGGUCGAGUGGCAGAGGGAGUCGGCCUCGGCCGUAGCUGCCGCGGUGAUCCGAACCAUGUCGGGGAACUGUAAACCCCGCGGCCUACGGCCGAAAGCCGAUACGUGGCUUCUAUUCAUGGGGCCCGACGAGGUCGGCAAGAGCAGGAUGGCGUGUGCUUUGUCGGAGCUAGUGUUUGGUGGGCCGCCUAUAAGUAUUCGUAUCGGUUAUGCGAGAACUGACGACAGAGACGGCGAAUCUGACGUAAAUCUACGUGGUAAGAUGCCGAUCGAUCGCGUCGCCGAUGCGCUCCGGCGAAACCCCUUCUGCGUGGUUGUGCUCGAGGACGUCGAUCAUGCUGAUGCUGCAGCAAAGGGGGUCAUCAAACGGGCGAUCGAAACGGGCCGACUCGCGGACUCCCACAGCAGGGAGGUAGGGUUGGGGAGCGCCGUCUUCGUGCUCAUGUCGAAUUGCUCGUCGGGGGAUCUCAAGGGCUCGGGCGUUGAGGAAAAAAUACUAGAAUCGGCGCAUUCGUCAUGGCACUUAGAGUUGUCUCUCAUCGAAGAGACAAGAACCGGAAAACGCCGGCCCGAGUGGUUACCGGAGGAGGGCGAUCGAAUCGUGAAGCCGCGGAAGGGAUCGGAAGGCAUCUCGCUCGAUUUGAAUUUGGCGAUCGGCGUGAAUGCUGACGACGACGGCGGUGGCAGAGAGGGCUCGCGAAGCUCGAGCGAUCUCACGGUGGACCACGAGCAUGAGUACGGGCGGCUCGCCAUCAAUAACUGCUCGACGUCGUCGAACGCUGCUGAUUUCAUCGAUAUGGUGGACGACGCCGUCGUGUUCAAACCGGUCGACUUCGGUCCGCUCAGGCGGAGAAUCUCCGAUACAAUAACCGCGAAGUUCACAGCGAUCGUGGGAAAUGCGUGCUCUCUACAGGUCGACACGGACGCGCUCGAUCCGUUAGUAGGCACAAUUUGGCUGACCGGAGGCGCUACGACCGACAUGUUCGACGAAUGGUCAGACAGAGUGUUAGUUCCCGCCAUACAAAAGUUGAAGAACAACUUAAAACUUGAAGACGGAUCCACCGUACGGUUAUCGUCGGUGAAAGGGCGCGGGUGUGGGCGGAGGCGGAUAGACGACGGAGGAGAUCUGUUGCCGAGCUCCGUGAGAAUUGCCGGAGUUUGAAGGGUGUGAUUGUGAUUUACAUCUUUUGUGAGUGGGUGAUAUGUAAAUAUGGAGAGGGCCACUGGGCAGUUAGUUAGCCGUUAGAAUGGCAGGAUUUGUGUCUUUUUUUGAAAAUAUAUCUAACUACCAACGUACUAGGAAAGAGGGAACAUGUUGUAUGGAUAUACAAUUCCAUGCAUGUACACAAUUUUAGAGAUAUUUUAGUAGUUUUAAUCUUUACCUUUA